CCUAGCCGCACUCUGCCACCGGCUGGCGUCCACCUGUAGUAAAUCACGUGAAGCUGCCGCAUGGGACGAGGGCGAGGGGCCGAGGAAUGGUCGUGUUUUUAAUCCGUUUUAAAAUGGGGUACUCGGCAACCAUACUCGGCCCGUAGAUUUCCAAGUGGCAUCGUUGUGGCGGGAGCGGGAGUCUGCUGCUGCUGCUGGCUGCUGCGGGCCUUUCAGUGUGGCUCCGACAGGGAAUAGGUCGAGGCGCGCGUGUGUGUUGCUCCCUCGUGCCUUCACUGACCGCCGCUGCUUUUGCCUCUCGCUCCCUCAUCUCAUAACCCAGAAACCUGCAGCCGCGAAGAUCCACGUACUCUUCCGGCUGGCUGUGGAUGUACCUUUGGCCUUGACAGGUGACAGUGCGCCGCUAGGAAAGGUGCGGUGUGCGUGUGAGUGCGUGUGGCAGCCCGAUAACGCAGUGCAGUGAGGGGCCACUUGUGCAAGUCCCGCGGAGAUUUCGACGCGCGCGGAGAUAGUGAUCCUGAGGCUGUAGCGGGGCAGCGUGUUACUUGCACCUGUCGCUGACGCCCCUGACUGGCCCACCCGCGCCCCUCCUCCCCCACCACUACCACGCCUGGAUUAGUGAAUUGUGUGACUCCCUAUCGCUACCACCACCACCGCUACCACUACCUCUCACUACUGUUACUACCGCCUCUACCACCACGACCACCACUACUGCCACUACUUCUACCGCGACUACGUGGAUAUUACCAAACAGUUUUAUUAAUGGAGAACCACCGUGGCCGAGGCGGAGCUGUCCCUGCAGGGCGAUGACUUCACGCGGCAGAUCUGGCACAUGUACGCCACCUUCGAGGAGUUCAUAGACCACCAGCAGACCUCGGGGGAGGGCAGCCCCGCCUCCCGCCCCUCCUCGGGUGCCAAUUCGGGGACGGAGGCGCCGCCGCCCCCUGCGCCGCCCGGGGGCCUGGGCGCCGCCGCUAGCCCGCGGGAUGCAUUGAGCGGCUUCGAAUCCCAGAUCGCCGCGACCUCCAGCGCUGCCACCACCACCUCCGCCACCAGAUCCCACAUGGCCGAGGUGGCGCUGCCACCGGGUGUGCUGCCCACGCCCCAUGAGUCCCGCACACCUCGCCCCCACUCGCCGCCUGCAGUGCGCGAUGACCUGGCGCUCGCCUCACCUCGUCGCCGCCGCCGCCCCCGGAGGCUGCGCCGUUCAGUGGACAACCCGUUGCUGGACACCAUCAGUGCCAUCGGUGACGCCGACAGUGACGAGGCCGACCUGUUGCCGCCCGCGCCGCCCCCAUCGGCGUCCUCCUGCUGGGGGCCGCGGCUGCACCCUGACGCUGAUGUGGUGGGCUACGCUGGCAGCAACAGCGUGGACAGCGGCUACAAGAGCGCCUGCCCGACGCCCGAGCUGCCGGACCCCGCCGCCUACCUGGAGCACCGCCUCGAGAAGCGCGGCUCCCUCGCCUCCCUCGCCUCCACCGGCUCCUCCUCCGGCAGCGGCAGCGCCUCCAAGCCUCGCAUUGCCAUGGGCACCAGAGUCAUGACCCGCGUCCCCCGCUCCCCCAGCUCCGGGGGAAGUGCUCCUUCGCCCGCCCUCGCUCGCAGGCCAGGCUCAGACGGCUCUUACUACGAGCUAGACCAGCUGGGGCUGAGGGGCGGCCUGCUUGGCUCGCCGCCUCCUCACGCCGCCCCCGCUGAGGUCAGGAACCCAGGCUUCACCCGCUACUCGCCCAGAGGCUCACCCGCCCCGCAGCGGAACUCCUCUCCCGGGAUGCCCCCAUCCAGGGACACCCAUGUGUCUCGCCGCGCCGCCUCCCCUGCCUCACCGGAGCGAAGGCCUCGUAGCGCCUCCACGGGCUCGCGCUGCUCGCCAGGCACACGGGGCAGGCGGCCUCCUGGGGCGUUGCGGGCCGGCUCACCGCUGCUCGCGUCCACAGGCUCGCUGCCCCGCGCAUCGUCCCCAGGGAGACGGUCACGGGCGCGUUCCCCAGCCACCAGGGAAGAAUCCCGGCCGCCCACCUCCUGGUCUCGACACUCCUCCCCAGGAGUAGCGCCGCCCCCGCGCUCCCUGCGUCGCCCUCCGUCACCCAUCGUGGGCGGCCACCACGACACGGACCUGGCGAUGCUGGAGCGGGAGAUUGACGCGCUGCUGUACGGCGACCCUCUGGGCGCGCCGCCAGCCUCUGACUACUACGACCUCGACUCAGAGUUCGCAGCGUGCACCUGCCCCUCCGCCUUCACCAGGCCCGCGCCCCCAGGGAGGACGGGGCCUCUGAUGGACUGCUGCUCGGUCAGUGACGGGGUGGGUGGGAGCGGCGCGCCACCUUACCCUCCCGCCUGCUCCCCGGGUCCGGCGCCGUGUCUCCUGGCCGUCCUCCACGACCUCCACGGCCCGUCCGCCGCCGCCCCCCCACCGCUGUCACAAAUCGACGACCGCAGCCACUCCAACGACGCGCCUGACGCGCCCCGGAGCUUUCCCGCCCCGCGCCUGCCCCUCCACCUCGCGCGCCGCUUUUUCCUGCCGCCCUGUGACGCAGCGCUGGCCCGGCACCACCUGCACCUCCAUGGUAUCGCCACCUGUACCUCCGACCCGCGGCGUCACAGCCUCCACGAAACCUUCUCCGCUGCCGCGCCCUCCGACCCGCGGCGGCACAGCCUACACGACGCCGCCGCCGCCGCAGCCUCGCUGUGCCCGCACCACUUUGUCCUGCGGGAGGUACCCUUCUCCCAGGACCGGCGGCGGCACAGCUGCCACCACGACGAGACCACGUCAGAGUCCUCUUACGACAGCGCCGCUGACUACCACCUGUACGAGGAGAUCGUAUACGACGCGGCCACCUCCCCCGCGCCCCUCAGCCCCUGCCGCCGCCCCUGCCCGCCAGGCCGCCCCACCUCUUCAGGAGUGCCGGCGCGGGGCAGCCCACGCAGGAAGCACUCCACAAGACGCGGCACCAACACUCCAAGUCGCCGCAGCCUCCACUGUGCCCGCGCCGCCCGCCCCCUGAAGUACAAACUCCCCCCAGAAGCAGCAGCUCAGGCCGGCGGGGCUGCCGGGAUCUCCGGAGGCGCCGCCGCUGGACUCCCAUACGCCAUCGACGCCACCCCCGCCGCCCCCGCCCCCGCCACCUCCUCCCGAGGGCCGGCCCAAGCCCGCCCCCGCCCAAGCCCCCAAAGCCACAAAGAACAGGGCAGUCCCCAAUGUCUCGCCCUCUGCCUCCCCCACCUCCCGCCUCUUGUGCGUCGCCCACUUCACCCACGACAGCCUCUUCGGGCGCCACCACCACGCUGUCCCAAACAGCUCAGCAUCAUCAGCAACAACAACAGCAGCAAUUGCAACAACAACAAUUGCAGCAACAACAGCAACUACAGCAUCAACAACAGCAGCAGCAACAACAGCAGCAGCAACAACAGCAGCAGCAACAGCAGCAGCAGCAGCCUCAGGGUGGCUCUGAGAGCUUGGCGCCGCUGAAGCCUCCCACCAACAAACCAAAGCAGCGAAGUAACUUGUACUCCAUCUUCCGGGACCGUGACCACCGCCGCUGUCUGUCCGCCUCGCUACAGCAGGAGUACCAGGCAGACGCCCACCACGACUGUCUGCCUGACGUCCCCCAUCCCCAUCAUCCCCACCACCACCCCUACCACCACCACCAUCCCCACCACCCUCACCAUCCCCAUCACCACCACGACCAACAAAAGGCAGCAGCGGUGGCGGCAGCAGCGGCGGCGGCACUGUCUCCGGCGACCAAGAGCCCCAGUCAGAGCUGCUGCGCCUCGGCGGCGGGCACGGCUGACGACGACUACGGGUUCAAGGUGGCACCGCACGUGGUGUGAGGCGGACCAAAGACGGGCGAGGCGCGGAGCUGCGGCAAGGUGUGGCGGAGGCGUGUCUUGUGCAGGGAAGCCUCCUGCACCAGCUGAAUCACUGCCGGGGAAGGCGCAGAGGGAGGGGAGAGACGCACCGCUCCCCCUCUGCCCCCCUCACUACGGUGCUCCCGCCGCCCCGCGCUGGCCCUGAGUGUCGCCCACCCCGGCACAGCGCCAUCCUCUCGUCUGAAGCAGUGAUGAACAGAGCUCGCUGCGUGUGUGUGUAUAUAUAUGUGUGUAUGUGUGUGCGUGUGCGUGUGCGUGUGCAUGUGCAUGUCCGUGUGCGUGUGUGUGUGCGUGUAGUGAAGCUGCGUCACCACAACGCGAGCCUCGGAGUGUUAUUACAACGCCCGGCGGUGCUCCAGUCACCACCUUAUUAUUAUGCAACAGCCACCCGUGUCUCACCCUCGCCGGCGUGCCGUGUGCUCCUAUAGGCUCCCCGCCUACAUAUCGACGUGUGCGUGCGUGUGUGCGACAGCCGCUGACCACCUCUCUCACCCACACAAGAGGGGCAACUCGGACCAAAGUUCAGGUUUUUUACUCAGGUUCUGCAAAACAAAGCCCAGCAUGACGGGCGAGCUUCUGUAAAUAAUAAUGUUACUAGUGACGGUGGAAAUUUUGGCCUGAGCCCUAGAGUGCCCCUGGACGGCCUCGUGGUGGCCCUGACGCCGACCCUGCGUGGGAGGCGAGGGGCGCACGUAAGAGAGAGAGAGAGAGAGAGAGAGAGAGAGAGAGAGAGAGAGAGAGAGAGAGAGAGAGAGAGAGAGAGAGAGAGAGAGAGAGAGAGAGAGAAGAAGAAGAAGAAGAAGAAGAAGAAGAAGAAGAAGACAAAGCUUCAAUCAGUGGCCAUCGUGCAGCUAGCGUCUCGUGUAGUCUCAGAUUGGACACUUCCCGAGUCCGGGCGACCCUUGAACUGACGAAGACACCACCACCACCACUACCACCACUCCCUCUCCCCUACACUACACUACUCGUGCUCCUCGUGUUGCUGCUCCUCCCGCACCCCUUCGUCCUCCUGCAGGUGUACACAACGUUCCUAACAAGUUCCCAAGAGAUGCUGAGUGGCGGCCGCGGUGUGAUAGUGGCGAACAUUCGUAGAUCACUGUGUCUAAUCGCGCCGCGCUGACUGCUUGACUGCUGGAAGGGAAAAGGGAACGAGUGAAGGUAAAUUACUGGUCUCCAUGUCGACUUGUUAGCAUUCACUUUCCUUUUUUCUUUUUUUCUUUUUUUUUUUUUUACUUUCGUCCUUUCAAUGAAUGUGUUGUGGUGAGCUAGUGUUUCCUCCUCCUCCUCCUCCUCCUCCUCCUCCUCCUCCUCCUCCUCCUCCUCCUCCUCUUCUUCAUCGUCUCCUACACCAUAUUCCUCCUGCUCUUAGUUCUCUGCAUCUUUCUGCUAUUUAUUUCUUCUGCGCUCCCCCUUUUUCUUUGCCUCCUACUCCAAUCCUCUGGCGGAGUUACGGAGAGGAGAGAAGGAGGAGGUGGAGGCGGAGGCGGAGGAAGAAAAGAAGUAGUAGUAGGAGAGAGAGAGAGAGAGAGAGAGAGAGAGAGAGAGAGAGAGAGAGAGAGAGAGAGAGAGAGAGAGAGAGAGAGAGAGAGAGAGACACGGUUGCUUCAAUCAUAAGAACAACUACUGUGUGUUAUUUGUGGCACCACCACCACCACCAGUACUACCACCACCACCACCACUGUGACUCGUAAAAUUCCCACCACCACCAUUAUCACCUACCCUUCCCUUUCUUUACCCUGCACCCCUUCCAUCCCACCCCUGCCCAUCGCUCGCAUCUUCAGGAGUAGCCAACAAGCUGUGCGGGGAACAGAGGAGCGGAAGCCGUAGUGGAGGUGGUGGCCAAACAGCGUAUGGGUGUGUGGGUUGGCACUGUCUACCUCCUUCUGCACACACCACGUCGAGGCUCUUGUGUGUCCCGUGUAAACUAGCGUGUUGACCUGUGCACGCCUUCACACCACCUGCCAGUACAUUGUAACAGGGGUGGCUCGUCUCCUCCUCUUCUUCUUCGCCUUCCUCGUCUUACUCUCUCCUCCAUCUUCUCCUCUUCAUUCUCUUCUUUAUUUAACUUCGUUCUCUCUUUCUCUCCUCUCGUUCCUUGAUUUCUUGCUCUUUCUGGUGUGCUGUCUCUUCUUAUUUUCUUUUCCCUCUCUCUUUUUCUCACUCUUCUCUCCCUCUUGGUUAUUUUGUUUUGCCAUCCAUUGUUCCUUCUUCGCUUUUCCUAUUUCAUUCUUCUUCUUCCUCCUCUUUUCAUUCUCCGUUUCUCGUUUUUUUUUUACUGGUUCUUGUUUGUCUUCUUUUUUUCUCCUCCUCUUUCUUGUUUUUCUGUAGUCUUUUUUUUUAUUCUUUCUCUUCCUUCCUCUGUUCUAUCUUUUUUUUUCUUUGUCUCUCUUGUUCCAUAUCUUUUUCCCCCUCUUCUUUUCUUUUCUCCAUGUUCCUUACAUUUUUUUCUCUUCUUUCUUUGUUUAUUAUUUUCUUCUUUCCCGUUUUUCCACCUCUCCUUCCCAACACAUCCACCUCCCUUUUCCCUUCCCCACAUUCUGUGUUGUUCUUCUUUUUCUUCUCACUUCGCUUUGUUAUUUCUUUAUUUACUCUUUCCCCUUCAACUUUCUUCCCAGCUGUGUGUGUUUCUUCUACCAUUUCUUAUUUUCUCUCUCUUUUCCUUCCUUCUUUGCUUCCUUCCUUCUAAGAGACUCAAACAAGGAUGAAAUCUUAAUUCUCACCAUUACCACAACUCUCCACCUUCUUUCAUCCCUCCCUCUCUCCCUCCCUCUCUCCUUUCCUUCUUUCCUUCCUUCCUUCCUUCCUUCUGUCCUUCCUUCCUUUUUUGCAAGAAAAGGAAGGAUAAGAAUUUUACACCACCACCAUCAGUCUUCACCUUCCUUCCUUUCUUCCUUCUUCCUUCCUUCUUUCCUUCCUUCCUUCCUUCUUUUCCUCCCUCCUUCCUUCCCUUCUCCCCCCCCCAAGAAACUCAAGGCACAAUCAAAGUCUUAAAACCUCACCACCACUACCAGCACCACCACCGUUCAUACUCACCCUCUCUCUCCCUCUCCCUCUCUCUCUCUACUACUCCUUCUCCCUCCCAAAGACCAGUUCUGAAGCUGCAUCAUAAAUCGCAUUCACAGCACCAGGGUCUGAGACAAUUAUACCGCCACCAGGUGAUAAUUGAUUGCCGUUUACCUGCCAGCUGUGACGGGGCCGGGAAGGUGCGGGCCCAGCCAAGGUAGAGCCUCCGUGUUCCUCCUGUGUUCUUUCUCCUUCUCCUUCUUCUUCGUCUCCUCCUCCUCCAGUCUCUUCCUCCAGAUGUAGCGAAGUGUACUCAAGUUUGGUUUCUGUUCUUUUCUUUUGAUUUUUUAAGGUUUGUUGUGAUUUUUUUGUUUGUUUCGUUUGGUUGGGUUUCAUUGGUGUUGGGUGUUGUUGUGUUGGUGAUGUGUUGGGGGUGAUGUGUUGGGGUGUUGAAAGAGGGAGGGUGACUUGUUUUUUUGUUUUUGUUUGUAUGUGUGUGUGUGUGUGUGUGUGUGUGUGUGUGUGUGUGUGUGUGUGUGUGUGUUUGUUUUUGUUUUUGGGUCUUAUCUUCUUCGUGCUGUUUUUGUUUCUCUUUCUCUUUUUCUUUUUUUUUCUUUUUUUGUGGGG